AUGGAUUGGACAACUGCAUCAGCGAAUAAAAGGAGUGCGCUCGAUGCCACAAUUCCGCCAGAAUGGCGGCUUGACGUUUCAUGGAAUGAUGACCCGCCAAUGGGAUUCUGGGCAAAGAGUCGAGUAUUAACUCCAAAGGAGCUGACCAUUACCGAGAUGCCCGCAACUCUUCUGGUCCAAGAAUUGGCGAAUGGCAAGUUGACCGCUGUUGCCGUUACCACUGCAUUUUGCAAAAGAGCCGCAUUGGCACAUCAGCUGACGAAUUGUCUGCAUGAGUUCUUCCCAGAUCUGGCUAUAGCAAAAGCGAGAUCCCUCGACGAGUACUUUGCAAAACACAAAAAGGUUAUUGGUCCUUUGCAUGGACUACCCAUCUCACUGAAAGACCAAGCGCGUAUCAAGGGUGUCGAGACCUCCAUGGGCUAUGUCUCAUGGCUCGACAAGAAGGAAACAGAGGACUCCGCUCUCACAAUGCUGCUUGAGAAAGCCGGGGCCGUUCUCUAUGUCAAGACAUCUGUACCUCAGACUUUAUUGUGCUGCGAAACAAUCAAUAACGUUUUUGGCCGUACAAUUAAUCCACGAAACCGCGACUGGUCCUGUGGUGGAAGUUCUGGAGGUGAAGGCGCGAUAGUGGCCAUGCGCGGGAGUAUAAUCGGCGUUGGUACAGAUCUUGGUGGGUCUAUCAGAGUUCCUGCUGCGUUCAACUCUCUUUUCGGCCUUCGACCAAGUCAUGGCAGACUGCCAUAUGCGAAACUCGCCAAUACUAUGGAAGGUCAAGAGGCAAUACAUAGUGUAUGUGGUCCAAUUUGCCAUUCUAUCCCAGAUAUGCGGCUCUUCGUCCAGUCAAUACUCUCGCAGAAUCCAUGGAUGUAUGAUUCAAAGGUCGUACCAAUGCCAUGGCGGAAGCAUGAGGAAGAUGCCAUAAAGACGAAAAUCUCAUCCCGUAGCCUUACCAUAGGCUAUUACUCAUGCGACGGCAAUGUUCUGCCUCAUCCACCAAUCCUGCGCGCUGUUGAGAUUGUUAAGAGAAGGCUUGCAAAGGCUGGGCAUAUGGUAGUUCCAUGGCAGCCAUAUAAGCAUGCGUUUGCAGCUGAUCUGGCUAGCCGACUGUGCGUAGCAGACGGAGGAACUGAGAUUUUUUCGAAUCUGAGGGCUUCUGGUGAGCCUGCAAUUCCAAAUAUCGACUAUCUCAUACGGCCGGAACAACCGAAAAUGGACGUGAAUGAGCUUUGGAAUGCCCAGCUCCAGAAAUGGAACUAUCAAAAUGAAUACUUGGAGAAGAUUCGUUGUUUUGAAGAGAAGCACGGCAGAGAGUUGGACGCUAUCAUUGCGCCCACAAGUCCUUACGCAUGCGUACGCCAUAACAAAUUUAACUACUAUGGAUACGCUACUGUCAUUAAUGUCCUGGACUACACUAGUGUUGUGAUACCAGUCACAUUUGCCACCAAGUCGAUCGAUCGGGCAAGUUACCAGUUUGCGCCACUGAGCGACUUGGAUCGCUUGGUCCAGGCAGAGUAUGAUCCAGAAGCAUAUCAUGGAGCUCCUGCAGCUGUUCAAGUUAUUGGGCGACGACUAACAGAAGAAAGGAUCAUGUGCAUUGCUGAGGAGUUGGUUCGUCUUUUAAGAGAUGAUUAA